UUGUUACAGAAGAGCUUGGACUGAGCAUUGAAAAUAUGAACUUCGAGAUGCUGGGAACAUGUAAAAAGGUGGCUGUCUCCAAGGAUGAUACUGUCAUUCUUGAUGGUGCUGGUGAGAAGAAGUCCAUAGAGGAACGAUGUGAACAGAUUAGAUCAACCAUUGAACUGAGCACAUCUGACUAUGACAAGGAGAAGUUGCAAGAAAGACUAGCUAAGAUUUCAGGAGGUGUCGCUGUGUUAAAGAUUGGAGGAGCUAGUGAAGCUGAGGUUGGUGAAAAGAAAGAUAGAGUCACCGAUGCUUUGAAUGCUACAAAGGCUGCUGUGGAGGAAGGAAUUGUUCCAGGUGGUGGCAUUACUCUUCUUUACGUAGCAAAAGAGUUAGAUAAAUUAACAACAACCAACUUUGACCAGAAGAUUGGUGUACAAAUCAUUCAGAAUGCUCUGAAGGAACGAUAUCAAGAAAUAUUACGGGAAAAAUCACAGUCUCAGUCUGAUAUUGAUCAAUGUGAAGCAUAUUACGAAGCUGCUGGGGGAACAAGGAAGAGAAGAAUAUAUGGUCUUGGAUCUCAAGCACAAAGUUAUUAUGGGCCGAAUCUUUGCGUCAAUUUUGCCUUUAAUGCUUCAGCAUCAGCAGCACCUUCAACUUCUCAAUCAGCACCUACAGAAAAUAUGGAGGAGUUAGUGAUGCGAUUGAUUCCUACACUGACUGAUCGCUUGCUUCCUUUAUUUAUUGAGAAGGCACGCGGAGUGAUUUCUUCACCAUCACAUCAUCCAGAUACUCCUGUCGACAAACCAUCAGUUGUGACACCCAUAGUGCCUCCUCCUACUACUGCUAACGUUGACGAUGUUGAUCCUUUAGUUUCUGAUGAUGAUCGUAGUCCUUCACCCAUGCAUUAGUUUUUUAUGUUAUCUGCUUUUUGUUGGAAAGAACAAACUUAUGCACUAACAAUACUUGAUGGAUGUGUGGGUUCUUUUGGUAGUUGAUAGCUCGAAGUUGUCGGUGUUUUGGACUUAACGAUUGGGAUUUCGCUAUCUAUUUUGAACUUUUUUUAUAAAUAUUAUUUUAUGUGAAUGUCAGUUAUUUUU